AAUUAUGUGCCAGAAGAUUUUCGUUAUGAUCACUUAAAACACAAGUCCACGGCUAGAAUUUGGUGCACACCCAGUUAAGCCGUAGACGUCGACGGAUCAACUGUCAAGCGGGUGGUCUUAACAUUUGAAUAUCUAAUUAUUACAAUCUCAUCAUGGAUGACCUUCCAAAAGACCAAGUUGCACUUCUAAAGAAAGCAUUCGACGCCUUCGAUCAUGAAAAGAAGGGAUGCAUAGGCACCGACAUGGUUGGCACAAUUCUGACGAUGCUGGGCUACGAAUUGAGUGAAAAAACUCUCCAAGAAAUUAUUAAGGAGGUAGACGAGGAUGGCUCCGGCGAGCUGGAAUUCGAAGAAUUUUGCACCUUAGCUGCGAGAUUCUUGGUGGAAGAGGAUUCGGAGGCGAUGCAACAAGAGUUACGCGAGGCAUUCCGUUUAUACGACAAGGAGGGUAAUGGUUACAUUACUACCGCAGUGUUCCGUGACAUUCUUCAUGAACUGGACGACAAGUUGACGAAUGAGGAAUUAGAUUUGAUGAUCGAGGAAAUUGAUGCUGAUGGUUCAGGAACUCUCGACUUUGACGAGUUUAUGGAAGUCAUGACUGGUGGCGACGACUAGGAAGUGGUCGUUUAGAUUCUUCGAAGGCUACGGUUAAGCACGUAAUUGGCAGCGAUCACGGGAAUGCUGACGUCUUCACCUUUUCUCAAACUUGGCAAUAGUUAACACGAUGAAGAACGCGCGGAAAGAAAAGCAAAGAGCAAAAUAAUGCUAUCGUACUCGUCUGUCGUUCGUUCGACGCCUUGCGCCUGCCCCUCUUACUUUUAAUUUCACGCAUGAAAAUUCCAAAAUGCUGCCGCAAUUUUCUCCUUCGUCUCAAAUCGUUCCUUCAAGAUUUUAUCAUGAAUGCGAAUUUACGAGCUACCUCGAAGACUGUUCUAUACGUAUAAUAAAUAAUCAAAUAGGAAAAGCGCAAAAUAUAAGUUUACGUGUUUGAAUAAUUUAAAUAGAGAAACAAUUAGAAUCGCGUUACCUUCAAUAUCUGCUGGUCACAUUCCUGUUCUCAUUUUACAUUUGACGUAUACAAGAACAUAGAAAUGUUAAAUAAAAUGUCUUAUGGAUAUGAA